AUGGCUUCACUUCCUGUUCAAUUCUCCAGGAAUCAUCUCUCUACACCGUAUUCCUCCGCAAGUCUCCGCCGCUCCGCCUUCACUGCGCCGAGAUCUUUUGUCACUGUACAUUGCUCCGCUGCUAGAGAAAACGGAGAGAAUGGUCAAGGCUUGAAGAAGAGCUUGUUGCCGAUUAAGGAGCUUGGAUGCAUCGCUUGCGCCGUGAUCUCUGCUUGCACUCUUACAAUGGCUUCUCCUGUAAUUGCUGCUAACCAGAGACUUCCUCCGCUUUCAACAGAUCCAAACAGGUGUGAGCAAGCGUUUGUUGGUAACACGAUAGGUCAAGCGAAUGGAGUCUAUGACAAACCACUCGAUCUUAGGUUCUGUGACUACACAAACGACCAAACUAAUCUCAAAGGAAAGACUCUCUCUGCUGCAUUGAUGUCAGGUGCUAAGUUUGAUGGUGCUGAUAUGACUGAAGUCGUCAUGUCAAAAGCUUAUGCCGUAGGAGCAAGCUUCAAAGGGGUGAAUUUCUCGAAUGCUGUGAUUGAUCGGGUGAAUUUUGGGAAAUCGGAUUUGAAAGGAGCUGUGUUCAGGAACACGGUCUUGUCAGGUUCGACAUUCGAAGAGUCGAAUCUUGAGGAUGUGGUGUUUGAGGAUACAAUCAUUGGUUACAUAGACCUUCAGAAAAUAUGUAGGAAUGCGACGAUAAACGAAGAAGGAAGACUUGUUUUGGGUUGCAGAUAG